AUGACACCUAAUGUGGUGGACAGUGUAGCGACAGACACCGAUCCGAACGGUCUCACAACAAACACGCGGUCGGAAGCGCCACGGAAAAGGAAACAGGACACCCAAAGUACAAUCAACGACCAAAACAACAACAGUACAACCAGCGAUAGUGGUGGUGGUGGUGUUAAUCACUGUGAUCAUGACACGGGCGUACCCUUUCGGGCGCAGAUACGGUGGCCCGACUUUUGCGCCCAGCUGUUCGUGCACGUUGGCUUUCUGAUUGGGUUCUACUAUUUGGUGGCAUUCCGCGCCAAGUUCUACACAUAUCUAUGGACCCUGGGAUUGGUAUGGGCCACCGGCUUGGGCAUAACGGCCGGUGCUCACCGGCUAUGGUCGCACAAAUCGUACAAAGCCCGCUGGCCAUUGAGGUUAUUACUGAUGUUCCUAUUUACAAUAUGUGGGCAGCGUGAUGCAUACACGUGGGCACACGACCAUCGCGUACACCACAAGUACUCGGAAACUGAUGCCGAUCCGCACAACGCCAAGCGUGGCUUUUUCUUCGCGCACGUGGGCUGGGUGUUUCUGACCCCACACCCGGAAGUGGUCGCUAAGCGGAAAAUCAUCGACAUGAGCGACCUGGAGGCUGAUCCGAUCGUUAUGCUGCAGCGCCGCUUUUACAUUCCACUGUUUGCGCUGCUUGUUAUCGGGCUGCCGGUGCUGGUGCCCUGGUACUGCUGGGCCGAGCAGCUAACGAUUGCGUUCUGGGUGUGCUUUGCGUUUCGCUUUACCACCACGCUGAACAUUGCGUUCUUUGUGAACAGUGUGGCGCACAUGUUUGGCAACAAGCCGUACGAUAAGAGCAUCAGCCCGGUGGAAAAUUUGGCCGUCGCAAUCGCCGCGAUGGGUGAGGGCUGGCACAACUACCAUCACGUGUUCCCGUGGGACUACAAGACGAGCGAGCUGGGCAGCUAUCUGUUUAACGUCACCACGGGCUUUAUCGAUUGCUUUGCACGCCUUGGAUGGGCUUAUGAGCGUAAAUCCGUGCCACCGGAAGUUGUCGCACGUCGGGCGGCCAAGUGUGGCGAUGGUACACGCUUCCUUACCGACGAGUACGCACACCAGGAUGCCGUGUGGGGUUACGGCGAUCAGGACAUACCAAAGGAGGACGUGGAUGCUAUUGUAAGGACACAGUGCUGA